AUGUGCCCUGUAUGUGGUGGAAGAGCCACGCUGCCCCCGGCAGCUCCUCAGGACGGCUUUGGGCGGACCAUCACCCUGUCCCCAGAUGCCUUGGCCACCUCGGGAGCUGGAGGGGACGGGCGCUGCGGGGACGCGGAGGAUGUUUCUGCAGAGCUCAGCGUGUCUGCAGGCGGCUGGAGAGGUCAGCCGACGCUGCGGCAGGCGCUGCAAGCCCCGGGGGGAGCGGGCACAGCGAUGUCGCGGGCGCUGCUCGGCCCCGUGACGCGGCGAACGCCUGGACAUCGCUGCCAGCUCCCCCAGUCCCUUGUAGUUGUCCACUUUUGGGCACCAUGGGCUCCUCAGUGUGCUCAGAUGAAUGAGGUUAUGGUGGCACUAGCAAAGGAACACACGCAGGUUACAUUUGUGAAGCUGGAAGCUGAAGCUGUGCCUGAAGUAUCUGAAAAAUAUGGAAUUAGUUCUGUUCCAACGUUCUUAUUCUUUAAGAAUUCUCAGAAAGUUGACAGAUUAGAUGGUGCGCAUGCCCCAGAGCUGACCAAAAAAGUGCAGCGCCAUGCGUCCAGCAGUUCUGUUUCUGCUGCCUCUAAUGAGAGUGCAAAAGAAGAUCUUAAUGUGCGUCUAAAGAAACUCAUCAAUGCUGCCCCUUGCAUGCUGUUUAUGAAAGGGUCGCCAAAAGAACCUCGCUGUGGUUUCAGCAAACAAAUGGUGGAGAUAUUGAACAAACAUGGUAUUUCUUUUAGCAGUUUUGAUAUUUUUUCUGAUGAAGAAGUUCGUCAGGGGCUGAAAACAUACUCUAAUUGGCCAACUUAUCCACAGUUGUAUGUAGCUGGAGAGCUUAUAGGUGGACUUGAUAUUGUCAAGGAACUUGAGGCGUCUGGAGAACUGGACACAGUCUGUCCGAAGGCACAGAAGUUGGAGGACAGGCUUAAAAACUUGAUCAACAAAGCUCCUGUGAUGCUUUUUAUGAAGGGAAGCAAACAGGUGGCAAGAUGUGGAUUCAGCAAGCAGAUUAUAGAAAUCUUAAAUAAUACUGGUGUUGAUUAUGAAACAUUUGACAUACUGGAAGAUGAAGAGGUGCGGCAAGGAUUAAAAACCUAUUCAAACUGGCCGACGUAUCCUCAAUUAUAUGUGAAAGGUGAACUUGUUGGAGGGCUGGAUAUUAUUAAGGAACUAAAGGAAAGUGGUGAAUUGUUGCCUAUUCUGAAGGGAGAAAAUUAAUGGAAGAGGACAUCAAUGGAACAGAAAUACUUUGAACAGUUAUGCGUUUAUAGAUUAUAUUGGAGCAAUAUACAAUUUAGCCCUGUGGAACUGAUCAGGAUUAAAUAAAGACAGUUUAUGUACUGUGUAUUUCACAAGACCAUGCUACGUAUGAAAAUGUGUUUCCACUGAAGAUACAAAAAUGUCAAGGUCUUCAAAUUCAAUUAAAAUACAAUGCUAAAG